UCCGGAUAAUUGUCGAAAAAUGUUGUUUGGAAAAGAUGUGCCAUGGCGGCGCAUGGAGGGCAUGUCGUUUGGCCUUUAUUCAGCCGAAGAGAUAAGAAAGUUGAGCGUGAAGACGAUCACCAACUUCAGGUUCCUCGACGCUGUUGGGAAUGUGGCCCCAAACAGCCUGUACGAUCUGGCCCUGGGACCAGCAGACAACAAAGAGGUGUGUUCAACCUGCUGUCAGGACUUCAACAACUGUCCGGGACAUUUUGGACACGUAGAGCUACCUCUGCCUGUGUACAAUCCACUGUUUUUUGAUAAACUCUACUUGUUGAUUCGUGGCUCGUGUCUGUCGUGUCACAUGCUAACAUGUCCCCGAGCUGCCAUCCACCUGCUGAUAAAUCAGAUUAAGUUAGUGGACCACGGAGCCAUGCAGGAGGUCUACCAAGCAGAGCAAGUUCUCAACCGGAUCCUGGAGGAGAAUGCCAAAGCCACUGGAGAUGAGAUUGAGCAGGGGCUGAAGGAGUUCACAGAUUCAAUAGUUGGAGCAAACGCUUCAGAGAACAGCAAACCGAUUAAACACCUGGUUGAAAAGAAGAGCAGUCUGAUAAACGACUUCUGGAGAAUCCACAUGAAAACCAGGAAGUGUCCUUACUGCAGGCGCGGGCGGUUUACAGUACGUCGUGAACACAACAGUAAACUAAUUGUCACGAUGCCAUCAGGAGCAAAAACUGAUGGUAAUACUGACGAGGAUCUGAUGGCUGGAAAGAGAGUCUACCUGACAGCCAGUACAGCCAGGGAACACAGCAACAAACUCUGGGAGAAAGAAGGUUUCUUCCUCAAGCGUCUGUUCUCCGGGUUGGAGGAGGGCUCGGGGUUCGCGGAGGGAGAAAGCGUUUACUAUCCGGACCUCUUCUUCCUGGAGCUGAUGGUGGUCCCACCUUGCAGGUAUCGUCCAAUCAAUCGACUGGGCGACCAGAUGUUCACUAACGGACAGACGGUCAACAUGCAGGCUGUCAUGAAGGACUGCGGAGUCAUAAGGAAACUUCUGGCUCUUAUAGCGGGCGAGAAAACCACUGAGGAGGAAGAGGCUCCUGAACAAACAGACCAGUCAUUUCUGUCUGGGAUUCCAGGUGUGUCAUUAACAGAUAAACUCUACAACAUCUGGAUUCGCCUCCAAACUCACGUUAACAUCGUCUUCGACAGCGACAUGGACAAAAUGAUGACAGAGAAAUUCCCAGGAAUCAGACAGAUCCUGGAGAAGAAGGACGGAUUGUUCCGGAAACACAUGAUGGGCAAACGAGUGGACUACGCUGCACGAUCUGUCAUCUGUCCAGACAUGUACAUCGGGACCAACGAGAUAGGAAUACCUAUGGUGUUUGCCACCAAACUGACCUACCCGCAGCCGGUCACUCCAUGGAACGUGAAGGAGCUUCGUCAGGCCGUCCUUAACGGGCCUAACGUCCAUCCCGGUGCUUCCAUGGUGAUAAACGAGGAUGGCAGGAGAACCAUCCUAUCUGCCACCAAUCCUGCACAGAGAGAAGCGGUUGCCAAGCAACUGCUGACGCCCUGUUCAGGUGUCCAGAAGAUGCCCAUGAAGAUAGUAAAUCGACAUAUUAAGAACGGAGAUGUUUUGUUACUAAACAGACAGCCAACUCUGCACAGACCCUCAAUACAGGCCCACAACGCUCGCAUCUUACCUGGAGAGAAGGUACUAAGACUCCACUACGCCAACUGCAAAGCUUACAACGCCGACUUUGACGGAGAUGAGAUGAACGCUCACUUCCCUCAGAGCGAGUUAGCCAGAGCCGAGGCCUACACGUUAGUCAGCACUGACCAGCAGUACCUCGUCCCCAAGGAUGGUAAACCUUUGGCAGGUCUGAUCCAGGACCACAUGGUGUCGGGUACGCGGAUGACCAUACGAGGCUGUUUCUUCACCAGGGACCAGUACCACGAGCUGGUGUACAGAGGACUGACUGACAAACCAGGCAGAGUUAAACUGCUGCCACCGGCCAUAUUUAAACCACAGUGUCUAUGGACAGGGAAGCAGUUGGUGUCCACCCUCCUGCUCAAUGUCAUCCCAGACAAUGCAGUGCCUCUCAACCUGGUGGGCAAAUCAAAAAUCCCCAGCAAAGCAUGGAUCCAAGAACCACCACGACUCGCUCCAGGAUACAAACCUGAGAGCAUGUGUGACUCACAGGUGGUGAUUCGUCAGGGGGAGCUGUUAGUAGGUGUUCUGGACAAAGCUCACUACGGUUCCUCAGUCUACGGUCUGGUCCACUGCUGCUAUGAGCUGUACGGAGGGGGGACCAGCGGCAAACUGCUCAGCUGUCUGGCCCGACUCUUCACCGCCUACCUGCAGCUAUACAGAGGCUUCACUCUGGGUGUGGAGGACAUCCUGGUGAAACCGGGUGCCAACCGGCGGAGGAAAAAAAUUAUCCAAGAUUCACUGAAGAUUGGCACCAAAGCCCUCCAGGCAGCGUUCAACAUGCCUUCCAACGUGGAUCAGGCUGAGGCUCAGAGCCGCUGGCAGGACGCUCACCUCAACCCCGACCAGAGAGACUUCAGCCUGGCUGACCACAAGUUCAAGGAAGUGGCCAACCAAGUGAACAACGAAAUUAACAAGGUGUGUAUGCCAGUCGGCCUCCACACCUCUUUCCCAGACAACAACCUCCAGCUGAUGGUCCAAUCAGGAGCCAAGGGUUCUACAGUUAACACCAUGCAGAUCUCAUGUCUACUGGGUCAGAUCGAAUUGGAAGGCCGUAGACCUCCACUGAUGCCUUCUGGGAAGUCAUUGCCGUGUUUCCAGCCAUAUGACCCGGCGCCUGGUGCUGGGGGCUUCGUUUCUGGAAGGUUCCUCACAGGCAUCAAACCACAGGAGUUUUUCUUCCACUGUAUGGCUGGCAGAGAAGGACUGGUGGACACAGCUGUGAAAACAUCUAGAUCAGGAUACCUGCAGAGAUGUGUUAUCAAGCAUCUGGAGGGUUUGGUAGUACAGUAUGAUCUUACGGUGAGGGACAGCGACGGAUCUGUGGUCCAGUUCCUGUACGGUGAGGACGGCCUGGAUAUCCCCAAGACUCAGUUCCUGCAGCCGAGACAGUUCCCCUUCAUAGAGGAUAACUACGAGGUUAUCAACAGGUCUCAGGGUCUGGAUGAAGUUUUGGCACGUUUGGACCCUCGGACCGCCAAUAAACAUUUUACGGCCAUCCAGCGCUGGAAAGCAAAGAGAGAGUUGGCCUGUCCACGGAGAGGAGCGUUCCUGUCAUUUUCCCAGAAGAAGUUGGCUAAACUAAAACCGACAGCGGAGCCAGAUGCCGCUAAACUACAGCUGAUAGAGCAGUGGCAUUCUCUGGAUGAAGCCAGCAGGUCAAAAUACAGCAAGAAAUCCUCCCGCUGCCCCGAGCCCUCUCUGGGCUUGUUAAGACCUGACGUCUGCUUCGGAUCAGUGUCUGAAAACUUUUAUAACAUCACAGAGAAAUAUCUGCAGAGCAGGACAGAUGAAGACAGCCUGGACACACACAGCCUUCGCCAGCUGCUGCACUACAAAUGGCAGCGUUCACUGUGUGACCCCGGGGAAGCUGUGGGUCUGCUGGCAGCCCAGUCCAUCGGUGAGCCCUCCACCCAAAUGACCCUCAACACCUUCCACUUUGCCGGCAGAGGAGAGAUGAACGUCACUCUGGGAAUACCUCGACUGAGAGAGAUCCUGAUGGUGGCCGGCUCCAACAUCAAGACUCCCAUGAUGAGCGUUCCAGUGCUGAACACCAAGAAGGCUUUAAAGAGAGCAAAGACGCUCCGCAAGAAGCUCUCCAGGGUUUGUCUGGCCGAGGUGCUGCAGAAAGUUGAUGUUGUGGAGACUUUGCGGAUCGAGGGCGUCUCUCACCAAAAGGUACGGACGUUCAAAGUCACCUUCCACUUCCUGCCUCCUGAACGUUACUGUGAGGAUAAGCUGCUGUCGCCUAAUCAGAUCCUCCACUACAUGGAAACUAGGUUUUUCCGUCUUCUCUUGGAAGGCAUUAAGAAGCGCAGCGCCAAACUGGCAUCCAUCGCUGUGGAGACGAGGAAGGCCACCCUUAGGGAUAAAGACUAUGAUGGCGAAGGAACGGCUGACACAGCAGGGGCAGAGGAUGGAGAGGGAGAAGAGGAGAGAGUGAUCGUGGAUGACCAGGGGAACGAAGGAGACGCUGACGCAUCAGACGCCAAGCGAAAAGACAAACAGGAAGAGGAGGUGGACUAUGAGAGUGAGGAGGAAGGAGAUGACGGUGGCGAAGAUAAAGAAGACGCUGGGGAGGAAGAAGAGGAGACGCAGGAUGUGGAGAGCAGGAACGCGGAGAGCAGCAAUCUGGAGGAGUCCCAGCCAGAGUUAGCAGGAUUGACAACGGAGAAGAAAAGGAAGCGAGUGAAGAAAACGGGGGGAGGAGGGGGAGAAGGAGAAGGAGAAGGCUCCUUGAGUCAGAUGAGAGUGAAUGCGGUUCUGGAUUCCAACCCGGCAAUAGAGAGAUACUGUUACGAUAACCAGCAUGAACUCUGGUGUGAGGUCGACCUGGUGUUGCCUGUGAGCAAGGUGCACUUCGACCUCACCUCAGUCCUGUCGACGCUGGCACAGAACGCCGUCAUCAUGGAAACCAAGGGCCUGACUCGCUGCCUACUGAGCGAGAACACGACGAAGACCGGAGAAAAACAGAUGGUCCUCAACACGGAGGGGAUCAACAUGCACGAAAUGUUCAAACACAGUGAUAUCUUGGACAUCAACAGGCUGCACUCCAAUGAAGUCCAUGCCAUGGCGAACACCUACGGGAUUGAAGUGGCUUUGAAGGUUAUAGAAAAGGAGAUCAAAGAUGUUUUUGCGGUCUAUGGUAUCGAGGUGGAUCCCAGGCACCUGUCGCUGGUAGCAGAUUACAUGUGCUUCGAAGGCGUAUACAAGCCAUUAAACCGACACGCAAUCCGGUCCAAUUCCUCCCCUCUGCAGCAAAUGACGUUUGAGACGAGCUACAAAUUCCUCAAACAGGCCACCAUGCUGGGAUCACAUGAUGAGCUGGUGUCACCCUCUGCCUGCCUGGUGGUGGGGAAGGUAGUGAAAGGUGGAACAGGACUAUUUGAACUCAAACAACCUCUGCAGUAAAGGAGAUAUGACAUGCAGCAAUCAAACUGGUUAAAGACAGAAACUUUACGUGGAACUGGAGCAGAACUCACUCUCAGUUCUGUGGAUUCUUACUGAAUGUGUUGGAUAUGACUGUAUUCAAACGCCACGUGUUCUUUAAUAUUUGUGUUUUGCAGAAAACAGGUCCCGAAUUAAGUGAUUUGAAAGACAAUGUAAGCCAACCCUGGUGAAAUGACUUCAAAGGAUUUGACUGCUAUAUAUAUAUAUUUUUUUUAAAUUUUUUUUAUUUUAAAUUGUCAAUAAAUCUGACUGUGUCGUGCCAAGCCAACAAUGAACUCAUCCAUUGUGCUUGUGUCCAAAGCCUCAUAUAUCAUAUUCCUCUGUAACACAGAGGAAUAUGAUAUAUCAAGCACAGUACUUGCGAAUAGGAUGAGUCAUUAGUGGUUUGGCUCUUCACAUGAGAUUUGUUAACCGUAACGGAAAUCAUCAUUCUUAUCUUUGACCUGGUGGACAAAACAACUUUCUUUAAUAUUUGUAUUCUUUGUAUUUAAUAAUGAAAAUAAAUUUA